GCCGUGUGUACCGGUCUCUGGCUGCCUCCGCGUUCUCCUCCAGUCACAUUUCAAACUAGCAUGGCGACCGCUCUCUGCGGCGGUCAGUCCACUGGUAGCCACAGCAAACCGACCAGGAACCACCGGGAACAGCGGCGGAAAGCCAAGGACUCCAGGCGGAGGCAGGCGGCCCUGCACUUCCUGAAUAAUAUCUCACUCGAUGGCCGACCUCAUUGUCACGUCAACCGCGGAAAUGCCGAGCACAAAGCCGCGCCGGAGCCGCCGCUCAGGGACAGAGACGACGCCGUCGCCGCAGCAGGGCUGCCGCCUGAUGGUUCAUCACCGGUGGCCCAGGUGUCGGAGGCCACGCUGUCCCCGGCCGGCGGCUCAUCGUCCAGUGUCCCCGGCUUCCUCAGUCCAAACAGACCGUGUUCGGUGACGUCUCCAGGACUCGCCGGAGCGGCCUCGGUCGGAGCCAACGAAGUAUUUUUGGAAGGAGUCACCGCGGCCGAGACGCUAGCCCAGGAAACCCCCGUGACCACCGGGCACCUUCCCUGCUCUCGUGUCAGAUCUACGCCCGCCGCACUCGGCCUGGGCCCGGCCGCUGGUGGAGCAGAGCCGCGACAGAGAUCGAGAAAUAUCUCCGGCUCACCAGGACCCAAAGUGCCAAAAAAAGUCCACUUCAUCAAGAGUAUGCGACAGUACGAUACCAGAGGCUCCAGGAUCAUGCUGAUCUGUGCCAAGAGGUCUCUCUAUGCUGCCUUUUCAGUGCUGCCCUAUGGAGAGAGUGUUCCACCCAGUGAUGUCAAGCUGGAGACUCAGAGACAGAGGCUGUCGUCCGUGGUGGCUGUGGACGCUUACCCUUCACUGGAAGGUGUGGAGCUGAGCGCCGACGGAAAGACCGUGUCUUAUGCUCAGUUUCUCUUCCCGACCAACGCCUUGGUGCAGCCGAAGAACGGCGCUGCGCCAGAGAGCAGCACGGCUCAGACGCCGCAGUCACGUUUCCGUAGCAACGGGCAGAGGAACCUCACUGUGGCGAAUUUGAACAACAGCGUUGCACCGGAACCAAAUGUAGAAGAGGUGGCAGACUACGACCCCUACCUCCUCAGCGACCCCCAGUGGCCGUGUGGCAGACACAAGAGAGUUCUGAUUUUUGCAUCAUAUGUGACGACGGUCAUCGAGUACGUGAAACCAUGUGACCUGAAGAAGGACAUGAACGACACGUUCAAGGAGAAGUUUCCUCACAUCAAGCUGACGCUGAGCAAGAUCAGAAGCCUGAAGAGAGAGAUGAGGGUGGUGAGCGAGGAGUGUGGACUUCAGCCCGUCACCACAGCGAUGGCGUUUGUUUACUUUGAGAAGCUGGUGCUGCAGGGCCGCCUCAACAAGCAGAACAGGAAGCUGGUGGCGGCGGCGUGCGUGCUGCUGGCUGCGAAGAUCAGCAGCGAUCUGAGGAAACCUGAAGUGAAACAGCUGAUUGAUAAGCUGGAGGAGCGUUUCCGUAUCAACCGACGGGAGUUGAUUCCUCUGGAGUUUCCUGUUCUCGUUGCCUUGGAGAUGGGACUGUACCUCCCUGAGAACAAGGUCAUGCCUCACUACCGCAGGCUGGUGCAGCAGGGUUAGAGGUGUCAGGGGUCACACCAGCACCUGUGUGUGUCUGUGUGUUUCUAUUUAUUUCCCUUUAGUCUGAGUUGAUUCACUCAGAAGAAGCUGUUUUUUUCUCUCUCACUGGUUUGUAUUUAAGACUGUGUGACGACACCAUCAUCAGUGUGUGUCCAGUGUUUCCCCCCGUGUGUGAAACAGCGCCCCUCUUAAUGUUAUGUAGUUGAAAAGAUGGUACUGCACUCACAUGAGUGGCAUUUUAAUGGGAAACUGGCGUGUGUGUCUCCACGUGUGUGUGUCGUGUGCCGUUUCCAUGGUGACCCAGUGUGAGCUCUACGUUAGAGACGUUCGUGGUGACCUGUAUUUCCGCUCCGUGGCAGUGUUUUCUUCUGUCCGUUUUUCUGUGACACUCCUCGCCGGCACCUUUUUUCUAGCAAAGAAGAACAGCUCUGUUUUUGUACACGCCUUUUUAUCAAGCCACUGUGACACGGGAGCAUUUUAGCUGUUUAGCCCGCACCGGACUACUGACGUCUGAUUGGAGGAGAUCUUACGAAUGUAUUUGUACUGUAACGUCACGCAUGUUGAUGUAUUUAUUUUGUUGUCGAACGGAGAAUUAUAUUCACGAGGCAGCUGUGUGUUCAUGGUUGGAAACUGUGCUAAAAUACUUUGACAGUUUUAAUAUAUUCAUAAAUAUAUACUGUGGCUGUGUCUGAGUCAGAGAAACAGCAGGCGGAUUUUUUUUCAUGUCAUUUUUCAGGGAUUUCUUUUUUAAAUGCACUGAGACGUAAGUCUUUGUCCUGCUGGAGCUCACGCUUUAUGUCCUGUAAUCAUUUGGGUUUUUUUAAUCAUAACUUAUGUUAAACAUUUGGAGCAGUUUUACACCUGGUUUUGUUCGAGUGAGUAACUGUACAGUGUUGGAGUCGACUUUCUAACGUUGACUCCAGGAUUUUGUGCCAUUGUUGUCGACACCGACCGAAUGAAAGAAGUGCCUGAAACCACGGUGACGUUGACGUAGUCCUGCCGUUCGUGUGUUUUUCACCUUCACGUUACUGUUUUAUGCAGCUGUUGAAAAUCUUUAACAAAGUUUUGUUUUGUUUACAAAAGUUAAAACGGAGGAUUUCUGCAGAUUUUAACAUGUAGCGCUGUUGUUCCUGGACACUGAGAAUAAAACCUGAGUUUUUGGUUAAA